AUGGCACCCACCCGAGUUGGCAUCAUCGGGCUUUCAGCAAACCCCUCUGGAUCAGGGUGGGCCAAGACAGCGCAUCUCCCGUACCUCAAAGCCAAUCCAAAUUUCGAAGUCAUCGGUGUCCUCAAUUCUUCGCUUGCAUCAUCUCAGGCCGCCAUUGACACUUUCCAAUUAUCCGCCGCCAAACCAUUUGCAGAUGUUGACUCGAUGGCCUCGGACCCCGACAUCGAUCUCGUAGUUAUCUGUGUAGAGGUUAAAAUGCACUACACCAUAGCCAAAACGAUACUAGAGCACGGAAAGAACUUGUUCUGCGAGUGGCCGCUUGGACAAAACUCAGACGACGCCAUUCAACUCGCCAAACUUGCCAAACAGAAAGGCGUCCAGACGUUUGUAGAUCUCGAAAGCCGUCUUUCUCCUGUAUCUGUCAAGCUUAGAGAGCUCAUUGGAUCUGGCCAAAUCGGCAAGGUUACGAGCACAGACGUGAUAGGAACUUUGGGGCCACCUCCAAAGGUAUGGGGAGAGCGCGUUGCAUUCUACUUAGAUGUGAAAAGCGGACAGAGUCCUUUGAACACCCGAUUUGCACACUUCAUCGACGCUUUCUGCUACUCUGUCGGAGAGUUUGAGUCCUUCCAGUCUUUGCUUGCAACUCACCAAAAGGAAGUCAAGCUAUACAACGUCCCAAUGUCGCAGCUUGCGGAAGCCGCCAUGGACCCCAGAAUUCCAUAUAAGACAGUGGAGCGAACUUCACCGGACGAAAUCCUUCUUCAGGGAAAGCUCACGAAUGGCGCCCUAGCUGCUAUUCACCUGCGCUCUGGAGAGAACGAUGCUGAUGGUAACUUGCUUCGGUGGAUUAUCACCGGUGCCGAUGGGCUUAUUGAAGUUACU